AUGCCCCAUGACCCCAACGCCCUCCACAACCACCCCCUCCCGGUGGCGUCACUAGUGGCAUCCACCUUCGUAGCAGCCUUCAAGGACCCUCACCUGGCCACACUUGACGACCUGCUGGGCCCGAGCAUCACCCAACGCCAUGGCAGCCUUCAAGGGCCCUCUUCUGCUCGCCCCACACGACCUGCUGCUGCGCCUGGCUCGCCUUGCCCUCGCCUUGCACUCACGUGCCCCAUAACCCCCACACUUCGCCCUAACCACUCCCAGGUGGCGCCACUCGUGGCAUCCAGCUCUGUAGCAGCCUUCAAGGACCCUAACUUAGUCGCCCCAGACGACCUGCUGCUGCGCCUUGCUCGCCUUGCCCUCGCCUGCACCGCCAUGCCCACUGCCUCGCGCCCCACCAUGGCGCAGGUUGUGGGGCAGCUGCAGGCGAUGGAGCAGGAGGUGCGGGGCGGGAGCUCACUGACUUGCUCUAUGUGGUUAGUGCAUGACAUUGGAGCACAGCACAGUGGACUGCAUGACAUUGGAGCACAGCACACUGGACUGCAUGACAUUGGAGCACAGCACACUGGACUGCAUGACAUUGGAGCACAGCACACUGGACUGCAUGACAUUGGAGCACAGCACACUGGACUGCAUGACAUUGGAGCACAGCACACUGGACUGCAUGACAUUGGAGCACAGCACACUGGACUGCAUGACAUUGGAGCACAGCACACUGGAAUGCAUGACAUUGGAGCACAGCACACUGGACUGCAUGACAUUGGAGCACAGCACACUGGACUGCAUGACAUUGGAGCACAGCACACUGGACUGCAUGACAUUGGAGCACAACACACUGGACUGCAUGACAUUGGAGCACAACACACUGGACUGCAUGACAUUGGAGCACAGCACACUGGACUGCAUGACAUUGGAGCACAGCACACUGGACUGCAUGACAUUGGAGCACAGCACACUGGACUGCAUGACAUUGGAGCACAGCACACUAGACUGCAUGACAUUGGAGCACAGCACACUGGACUGCAUGACAUUGGAGCACAGCACACUGGACUGCAUGACAUUGGAGCACAGCACACUGGACUGCAUGACAUUGGAGCACAGCACACUGGACUGCAUGACAUUGGAGCACAGCACACUGGACUGCAUGACAUUGGAGCACAGCACACUGGACUGCAUGACAUUGGAGCACAGCACACUGGACUGCAUGACAUUGGAGCACAACACACUGGACUGCAUGACAUUGGAGCACAGCACACUGGACUGCAUGACAUUGGAGCACAGCACACUAGACUGCAUGACAUUGGAGCACAGCACACUGGACUGCAUGACAUUGGAGCACAGCACACUGGACUGCAUGACAUUGGAGCACAGCACACUGGACUGCAUGACAUUGGAGCACAGCACACUGGACUGCAUGACAUUGGAGCACAGCACACUGGACUGCAUGACAUUGGAGCACAGCACACUGGAAUGCAUGACAUUGGAGCACAGCACACUGGACUGCAUGACAUUGGAGCACAGCACACUGGACUGCAUGACAUUGGAGCACAGCACACUGGACUGCAUGACAUUGGAGCGCAGCACACUGGACUGCAUGACAUUGGAGCGCAGCACACUGGACUGCAUGACAUUGGAGCGCAGCACACUGGACUGCAUGACAUUGGAGCACAGCACACUGGACAGCAUGACAUUGGAGCACAGCACACUGGACAGCAUGACAUUGGAGCACAGCACACUGGACUGCAUGACAUUGGAGCACCGCACACUGGACAGCAUGACAUUGGAGCACGGCACACUGGACAGCAUGACAUUGGAGCACCGCACACUGGACUGCAUGACAUUGGAGCACGGCACACUGGACAGCAUGACAUUGGAGCACAGCACACUGGACAGCAUGACAUUGGAGCACGGCACACUGGACAGCAUGACAUUGGAGCACGGCACACUGGACAGCAUGACAUUGGAGCACGGCACACUGGACUGCAUGACAUUGGAGCACGGCACACUGGACUGCAUGACAUUGGAGCACGGCACACUGGACUGCAUGACAUUGGAGCACGGCACACUGGACUGCAUGACAUUGGAGCACAGCACACUGGACUGCAUGACAUUGGAGCACAGCACACUGGACUGCAUGACAUUGGAGCACAGCACACUGGACUGCAUGACAUUGGAGCACAGCACACUGGACUGCAUGACAUUGGAGCGCAGCACACUGGACUGCAUGACAUUGGAGCGCAGCACACUGGACUGCAUGACAUUGGAGCGCAGCACACUGGACUGCAUGACAUUGGAGCGCAGCACACUGGACUGCAUGACAUUGGAGCGCAGCACACUGGACUGCAUGACAUUGGAGCGCAGAUCACUGGACUGCAUGACAUUGGAGCGCAGCACACUGGACUGCAUGACAUUGGAGCGCAGCACACUGGACUGCAUGACAUUGGAGCACAGCACACUGGACUGCAUGACAUUGGAGCGCAGCACACUGGACUGCAUGACAUUGGAGCACAGCACACUGGACUGCAUGACAUUGGAGCGCAGCACACUGGACUGCAUGACAUUGGAGCACAUCACACUGGAAUGGAUGACAUUGGAGCACAGCACACUGGACUGCAUGACAUUGGAGCGCAGCACACUGGACUGCAUGACAUUGGAUCACAGCACACUGGACUGCAUGACAUUGGAGCACAGCACACUGGACUGCAUGACAUUCGAGCACAGCACACUGGACUGCAUGACAUUGGAGCACAGCACACUGGAAUGCAUGACAUUGGAGCACAGCACACUGGACUGCAUGACAUUCGAGCGCAGCACACUGGACUGCAUGACAUUGGAGCACAGCACACUGGACUGCAUGACAUUGGAGCGCAGCACACUGGACUGCAUGACAUUCGAGCACAGCACACUGGAAUGCAUGACAUUGGAGCACAGCACACUGGACUGCAUGACAUUCGAGCGCAGCACACUGGACUGCAUGACAUUGGAGCACAGCACACUGGACUGCAUGACAUUCGAGCACAGCACACUGGACUGCAUGACAUUGGAGCACAGCACACUGGACUGCAUGACAUUGGAGCACAUCACACUGGACUGCAUGACAUUGGAGCACAGCACACUGGACUGCAUGACAUUCGAGCACAGCACAGUGGACUGCAUGACAUUCGAGCACAGCACACUGGACUGCAUGACAUUGGAGCACAGCACACUGGACUGCAUGACAUUGGAGCACAGCACACUGGACUGCAUGACAUUGGAGCACAGCACACUGGACUGCAUGACAUUGGAGCACAGCACACUGGACUGCAUGACAUUGGAGCACAGCACACUGGACUGCAUGACAUUGGAGCACAGCACACUGGACUGCUUGACAUUGGAGCACAGCACACUGGACUGCUUGACAUUGGAGCACAGCACACUGGACUGCUUGACAUUGGAGCACAGCACACUGGACUGCAUGACAUUGGAGCACAGCACACUGGACUGCAUGACAUUGGAGCACAGCACACUGGACUGCAUGACAUUGGAGCACAGCACACUGGACUGCUUGACAUUGGAGCACAGCACACUGGACUGCACGACAUUGGAGCACAGCACACUGGACUGCACGACAUUGGAGCACAGCACACUCGACUGCACGACAUUGGAGCACAGCACACUCGACUGCACGACAUUGGAGCACAGCACACUCGACUGCACGACAUUGGAGCACAGCACACUCGACUGCACGACAUUGGAGCACAGCACACUCGACUGCAUGACAUUGGAGCGCAGCACACUGGACUGCAUGACAUUGGAGCGCAGCACACUGGACUGCAUGACAUUGGAGCGCAGCACACUGGACUGCAUGACAUUGGAGCACAGCACACUGGACUGCAUGACAUUGGUGCACAGCACACUGGACUGCAUGACAUUGGUGCACAUCACACUGGACUGCAUGACAUUGGAGCACAGCACACUGGACUGCAUGACAUUGGAGCACAGCACACUGGAGCACAGCACACUGGACUGCAUGACAUUGGAGCACAGCACACUGGACUGCAUGACAUUGGAGCACAGCACACUGGACUGCAUGACAUUGGAGCACAGCACACUGGACUGCAUGACAUUGGAGCCCAGCACACUGGAAUGCAUGACAUUGGAGCGCAACACACUGGACUGCAUGACAUUGGAGCGCAGCACACUGGACUGCAUGACAUUGGAGCACAGCACACUGGACUGCAUGACAUUGGAGCGCAGCACACUGGACUGCAUGACAUUGGAGCACAGCACACUGGAAUGCAUGACAUUGGAGCACAGCACACUGGACUGCAUGACAUUGGAGCGCAGCACACUGGACUGCAUGACAUUGGAUCACAGCACACUGGACUGCAUGACAUCGGAGCACAGCACACUGGACUGCAUGACAUUCGAGCACAGCACACUGGACUGCAUGACAUUGGAGCACAGCACACUGGAAUGCAUGACAUUGGAGCACAGCACACUGGACUGCAUGACAUUCGAGCGCAGCACACUGGACUGCAUGACAUUGGAGCACAGCACACUGGACUGCAUGACAUUCGAGCACAGCACACUGGACUGCAUGACAUUGGAGCACAGCACACUGGACUGCAUGACAUUGGAGCACAUCACACUGGACUGCAUGACAUUGGAGCACAGCACACUGGACUGCAUGACAUUGGAGCACAGCACAGUGGACUGCAUGACAUUCGAGCACAGCACACUGGACUGCAUGACAUUGGAGCACAGCACACUGGACUGCAUGACAUUGGAGCACAGCACACUGGACUGCAUGACAUUGGAGCACAGCACACUGGACUGCAUGACAUUGGAGCACAGCACACUGGACUGCAUGACAUUGGAGCACAGCACACUGGACUGCAUGACAUUGGAGCACAGCACACUGGACUGCUUGACAUUGGAGCACAGCACACUGGACUGCUUGACAUUGGAGCACAGCACACUGGACUGCAUGACAUUGGAGCACAGCACACUGGACUGCAUGACAUUGGAGCACAGCACACUGGACUGCAUGACAUUGGAGCACAGCACACUGGACUGCAUGACAUUGGAGCACAGCACACUGGACUGCAUGACAUUGGAGCACAGCACACUGGACUGCAUGACAUUGGAGCACAGCACACUGGACUGCAUGACAUUGGAGCACAGCACACUGGACUGCAUGACAUUGGAGCACAGCACACUGGACUGCAUGACAUUGGAGCACAGCACACUGGACUGCAUGACAUUGGAGCACAGCACACUGGACUGCAUGACAUUGGAGCACAGCACACUGGACUGCAUGACAUUGGAGCACAGCACACUGGAAUGCAUGACAUUGGAGCACAGCACACUGGACUGCAUGACAUUGGAGCACAGCACACUGGACUGCAUGACAUUGGAGCACAGCACACUGGACUGCAUGACAUUGGAGCACAGCACACUGGACUGCAUGACAUUGGAGCACAUCACACUGGACUGCAUGACAUUGGAGCACAGCACACUGGACUGCAUGACAUUGGAGCACAGCACACUGGAAUGCAUGACAUUGGAGCACAGCACACUGGACUGCUUGACAUUGGAGCACAGCACACUGGACUGCAUGACAUUGGAGCACAGCACACUGGACUGCAUGACAUUGGAGCACAGCACACUGGACUGCAUGACAUUGGAGCACAGCACACUGGAAUGCAUGACAUUGGAGCACAGCACACUGGACUGCAUGACAUUGGAGCACAGCACACUGGACUGCAUGACAUUGGAGCACAGCACACUGGAAUGCAUGACAUUGGAGCACAGCACACUGGACUGCAUGACAUUGGAGCACAGCACACUGGACUGCAUGACAUUGGAGCACAGCACACUGGACUGCAUGACAUUGGAGCACAACACACUGGACUGCAUGACAUUGGAGCACAACACACUGGACUGCAUGACAUUGGAGCACAGCACACUGGACUGCAUGACAUUGGAGCACAGCACACUGGACUGCAUGACAUUGGAGCACAGCACACUGGACUGCAUGACAUUGGAGCACAGCACACUAGACUGCAUGAUAUUGGAGCACAGCACACUGGACUGCAUGACAUUGGAGCACAGCACACUGGACUGCAUGACAUUGGAGCACAGCACACUGGACUGCAUGACAUUGGAGCACAGCACACUGGACUGCAUGACAUUGGAGCACAGCACACUGGACUGCAUGACAUUGGAGCACAGCACACUGGACUGCAUGACAUUGGAGCACAGCACACUGGACUGCAUGACAUUGGAGCACAACACACUGGACUGCAUGACAUUGGAGCACAGCACACUGGACUGCAUGACAUUGGAGCACAGCACACUGGACUGCAUGACAUUGGAGCACAGCACACUGGACUGCAUGACAUUGGAGCACAGCACACUGGACUGCAUGACAUUGGAGCACAGCACACUGGACUGCAUGACAUUGGAGCACAGCACACUGGACUGCAUGACAUUGGAGCACAGCACACUGGACUGCAUGACAUUGGAGCACAGCACACUGGAAUGCAUGACAUUGGAGCACAGCACACUGGAAUGCAUGACAUUGGAGCACAGCACACUGGACUGCAUGACAUUGGAGCACAGCACACUGGACUGCAUGACAUUGGAGCGCAGCACACUGGACUGCAUGACAUUGGAGCGCAGCACACUGGACUGCAUGACAUUGGAGCGCAGCACACUGGACUGCAUGACAUUGGAGCACAGCACACUGGACAGCAUGACAUUGGAGCACAGCACACUGGACAGCAUGACAUUGGAGCACAGCACACUGGACUGCAUGACAUUGGAGCACCGCACACUGGACAGCAUGACAUUGGAGCACGGCACACUGGACAGCAUGACAUUGGAGCACCGCACACUGGACAGCAUGACAUUGGAGCACGGCACACUGGACAGCAUGACAUUGGAGCACAGCACACUGGACAGCAUGACAUUGGAGCACGGCACACUGGACAGCAUGACAUUGGAGCACGGCACACUGGACAGCAUGACAUUGGAGCACGGCACACUGGACUGCAUGACAUUGGAGCACGGCACACUGGACUGCAUGACAUUGGAGCACGGCACACUGGACUGCAUGACAUUGGAGCACGGCACACUGGACUGCAUGACAUUGGAGCACAGCACACUGGACUGCAUGACAUUGGAGCACAGCACACUGGACUGCAUGACAUUGGAGCACAGCACACUGGACUGCAUGACAUUGGAGCACAGCACACUGGACUGCAUGACAUUGGAGCGCAGCACACUGGACUGCAUGACAUUGGAGCGCAGCACACUGGACUGCAUGACAUUGGAGCGCAGCACACUGGACUGCAUGACAUUGGAGCGCAGCACACUGGACUGCAUGACAUUGGAGCGCAGCACACUGGACUGCAUGACAUUGGAGCGCAGAUCACUGGACUGCAUGACAUUGGAGCGCAGCACACUGGACUGCAUGACAUUGGAGCGCAGCACACUGGACUGCAUGACAUUGGAGCACAGCACACUGGACUGCAUGACAUUGGAGCGCAGCACACUGGACUGCAUGACAUUGGAGCACAGCACACUGGACUGCAUGACAUUGGAGCGCAGCACACUGGACUGCAUGACAUUGGAGCACAUCACACUGGAAUGGAUGACAUUGGAGCACAGCACACUGGACUGCAUGACAUUGGAGCGCAGCACACUGGACUGCAUGACAUUGGAUCACAGCACACUGGACUGCAUGACAUUGGAGCACAGCACACUGGACUGCAUGACAUUCGAGCACAGCACACUGGACUGCAUGACAUUGGAGCACAGCACACUGGAAUGCAUGACAUUGGAGCACAGCACACUGGACUGCAUGACAUUCGAGCGCAGCACACUGGACUGCAUGACAUUGGAGCACAGCACACUGGACUGCAUGACAUUGGAGCGCAGCACACUGGACUGCAUGACAUUCGAGCACAGCACACUGGAAUGCAUGACAUUGGAGCACAGCACACUGGACUGCAUGACAUUCGAGCGCAGCACACUGGACUGCAUGACAUUGGAGCACAGCACACUGGACUGCAUGACAUUCGAGCACAGCACACUGGACUGCAUGACAUUGGAGCACAGCACACUGGACUGCAUGACAUUGGAGCACAUCACACUGGACUGCAUGACAUUGGAGCACAGCACACUGGACUGCAUGACAUUCGAGCACAGCACAGUGGACUGCAUGACAUUCGAGCACAGCACACUGGACUGCAUGACAUUGGAGCACAGCACACUGGACUGCAUGACAUUGGAGCACAGCACACUGGACUGCAUGACAUUGGAGCACAGCACACUGGACUGCAUGACAUUGGAGCACAGCACACUGGACUGCAUGACAUUGGAGCACAGCACACUGGACUGCAUGACAUUGGAGCACAGCACACUGGACUGCUUGACAUUGGAGCACAGCACACUGGACUGCUUGACAUUGGAGCACAGCACACUGGACUGCUUGACAUUGGAGCACAGCACACUGGACUGCAUGACAUUGGAGCACAGCACACUGGACUGCAUGACAUUGGAGCACAGCACACUGGACUGCAUGACAUUGGAGCACAGCACACUGGACUGCUUGACAUUGGAGCACAGCACACUGGACUGCACGACAUUGGAGCACAGCACACUGGACUGCACGACAUUGGAGCACAGCACACUCGACUGCACGACAUUGGAGCACAGCACACUCGACUGCACGACAUUGGAGCACAGCACACUCGACUGCACGACAUUGGAGCACAGCACACUCGACUGCACGACAUUGGAGCACAGCACACUCGACUGCAUGACAUUGGAGCGCAGCACACUGGACUGCAUGACAUUGGAGCGCAGCACACUGGACUGCAUGACAUUGGAGCGCAGCACACUGGACUGCAUGACAUUGGAGCACAGCACACUGGACUGCAUGACAUUGGUGCACAGCACACUGGACUGCAUGACAUUGGUGCACAUCACACUGGACUGCAUGACAUUGGAGCACAGCACACUGGACUGCAUGACAUUGGAGCACAGCACACUGGAGCACAGCACACUGGACUGCAUGACAUUGGAGCACAGCACACUGGACUGCAUGACAUUGGAGCACAGCACACUGGACUGCAUGACAUUGGAGCACAGCACACUGGACUGCAUGACAUUGGAGCCCAGCACACUGGAAUGCAUGACAUUGGAGCGCAACACACUGGACUGCAUGACAUUGGAGCGCAGCACACUGGACUGCAUGACAUUGGAGCACAGCACACUGGACUGCAUGACAUUGGAGCGCAGCACACUGGACUGCAUGACAUUGGAGCACAGCACACUGGAAUGCAUGACAUUGGAGCACAGCACACUGGACUGCAUGACAUUGGAGCGCAGCACACUGGACUGCAUGACAUUGGAUCACAGCACACUGGACUGCAUGACAUCGGAGCACAGCACACUGGACUGCAUGACAUUCGAGCACAGCACACUGGACUGCAUGACAUUGGAGCACAGCACACUGGAAUGCAUGACAUUGGAGCACAGCACACUGGACUGCAUGACAUUCGAGCGCAGCACACUGGACUGCAUGACAUUGGAGCACAGCACACUGGACUGCAUGACAUUCGAGCACAGCACACUGGACUGCAUGACAUUGGAGCACAGCACACUGGACUGCAUGACAUUGGAGCACAUCACACUGGACUGCAUGACAUUGGAGCACAGCACACUGGACUGCAUGACAUUCGAGCACAGCACAGUGGACUGCAUGACAUUCGAGCACAGCACACUGGACUGCAUGACAUUGGAGCACAGCACACUGGACUGCAUGACAUUGGAGCACAGCACACUGAACUGCAUGACAUUGGAGCACAGCACACUGGACUGCAUGACAUUGGAGCACAGCACACUGGACUGCAUGACAUUGGAGCACAGCACACUGGACUGCAUGACAUUGGAGCACAGCACACUGGACUGCUUGACAUUGGAGCACAGCACACUGGACUGCUUGACAUUGGAGCACAGCACACUGGACUGCAUGACAUUGGAGCACAGCACACUGGACUGCAUGACAUUGGAGCACAGCACACUGGACUGCAUGACAUUGGAGCACAGCACACUGGACUGCAUGACAUUGGAGCACAGCACACUGGACUGCAUGACAUUGGAGCACAGCACACUGGACUGCAUGACAUUGGAGCACAGCACACUGGACUGCAUGACAUUGGAGCACAGCACACUGGACUGCAUGACAUUGGAGCACAGCACACUGGACUGCAUGACAUUGGAGCACAGCACACUGGACUGCAUGACAUUGGAGCACAGCACACUGGACUGCAUGACAUUGGAGCACAGCACACUGGACUGCAUGACAUUGGAGCACAGCACACUGGAAUGCAUGACAUUGGAGCACAGCACACUGGACUGCAUGACAUUGGAGCACAGCACACUGGACUGCAUGACAUUGGAGCACAGCACACUGGACUGCAUGACAUUGGAGCACAGCACACUGGACUGCAUGACAUUGGAGCACAUCACACUGGACUGCAUGACAUUGGAGCACAGCACACUGGACUGCAUGACAUUGGAGCACAGCACACUGGAAUGCAUGACAUUGGAGCACAGCACACUGGACUGCUUGACAUUGGAGCACAGCACACUGGACUGCAUGACAUUGGAGCACAGCACACUGGACUGCAUGACAUUGGAGCACAGCACACUGGACUGCAUGACAUUGGAGCACAGCACACUGGAAUGCAUGACAUUGGAGCACAGCACACUGGACUGCAUGACAUUGGAGCACAGCACACUGGACUGCAUGACAUUGGAGCACAGCACACUGGAAUGCAUGACAUUGGAGCACAGCACACUGGACUGCAUGACAUUGGAGCACAGCACACUGGACUGCAUGACAUUGGAGCACAGCACAUUGGACUGCAUGACAUUGGAGCACAGCACACUGGACUGCAUGACAUUGGAGCACAGCACACUGGACUGCAUGACAUUGGAGCACAGCACACUGGACUGCAUGACAUUGGAGCACAGCACACUGGACUGCAUGACAUUGGAGCACAGCACACUGGACUGCAUGACAUUGGAGCACAGCACACUGGACUGCAUGACAUUGGAGCACAGCACACUGGACUGCAUGACAUUGGAGCACAGCACACUGGACUGCAUGACAUUGGAGCACAGCACACUCGACUGCAUGACAUUGGAGCACAGCACACUCGACUGCAUGACAUUGGAGCACAACACACUGGACUGCAUGACAUUGGAGCACAACACACUGGACUGCAUGACAUUGGAGCACAGCACACUCGACUGCAUGACAUUGGAGCACAGCACACUGGAAUGCAUGACAUUGGAGCACAGCACACUGGACUGCAUGACAUUGGAGCACAGCACACUGGACUGCAUGACAUUGGAGCACAGCACACUGGACUGCAUGACAUUGGAGCACAUCACACUGGACUGCAUGACAUUGGAGCACAGCACACUGGACUGCAUGACAUUGGAGCACAGCACACUGGAAUGCAUGACAUUGGAGCACAGCACACUGGACUGCUUGACAUUGGAGCACAGCACACUGGAAUGCAUGACAUUGGAGCACAGCACACUGGACUGCAUGACAUUGGAGCACAGCACACUGGACUGCAUGACAUUGGAGCACAGCACACUGGAAUGCAUGACAUUGGAGCACAGCACACUGGACUGCAUGACAUUGGAGCACAGCACACUGGACUGCAUGACAUUGGAGCACAGCACACUGGACUGCAUGACAUUGGAGCACAGCACACUGGACUGCAUGACAUUGGAGCACAGCACACUGGACUGCAUGACAUUGGAGCACAGCACACUGGACUGCAUGACAUUGGAGCACAGCACACUGGACUGCAUGACAUUGGAGCACAGCACACUGGACUGCAUGACAUUGGAGCACAGCACACUGGACUGCAUGACAUUGGAGCACAGCACACUGGACUGCAUGACAUUGGAGCACAGCACACUGGACUGCAUGACAUUGGAGCACAGCACACUGGACUGCAUGACAUUGUAUCACAGCACACUGGACUGCAUGACAUUGGAGCACAGCACACUGGACUGCAUGACAUUGGAGCACAGCACACUGGACUGCAUGACAUUGGAGGGCAGCACACUGGACUGCAUGACAUUGGAGCACAGCACACUGGAAUGCAUGACAUUGGAGCGCAGCACACUGGACUGCAUGACAUUGGAGCACAGCACACUGGAAUGCAUGACAUUGGAGCACAGCACACUGGACUGCAUGACAUUGGAGCACAGCACACUGGACUGCAUGACAUUGGAUCACAGCACAUUGGACUGCAUGACAUUGGAGCACAGCACACUGGACUGCAUGACAUUCGAGCACAGCACACUGGACUGCAUGACAUUGGAGCACAGCACACUGGAAUGCAUGACAUUCUAGCACAGCACACUGGACUGCAUGACAUUGGAGCGCAGCACACUGGACUGCAUGACAUUGGAGCACAGCACACUGGACUGCAUGACAUUGGAGCACAGCACACUGGAUUGCAUGACAUUGGAGCACAGCACACUGGACUGCAUGACAUUGGAGCACAUCACACUGGACUGCAUGACAUUGGAGCACAUCACACUGGACUGCAUGACAUUGGAGCACAGCACACUGGACUGCGUGACAUUCUAGCACAGCACACUGGACUGCAUGACAUUGGAGCACAGCACACUGGACUGCAUGACAUUCGAGCACAUCACACCGGACUGCAUGACAUUGGAGCACAGCACACUGGACUGCAUGACAUUCGAGCACAGCACACUGGACUGCAUGACAUUCGAGCACAGCACACUGGACUGCAUGACAUUCUAGCACAGCACACUGGACUGCAUGACAUUCUAGCACAGCACACUGGACUGCGUGACAUUCUAGCACAGCACACUGGACUGCAUGACAUUGGAGCACAGCACACUGGACUGCAUGACAUUGGAGCACAGCACACACAGCACACUGGACUGCAUGACAUUGGAGCACAGCACACUGGACUGCAUGACAUUGGAGCACAGCACACUGGACUCCAUGACAUUGGAGCACAGCACACUGGACUGCAUGACAUUGGAGCACAUCACACUGGACUGCAUGACAUUGGAGCACAUCACACUGGACUGCAUGACAUUCGAGCACAGCACACUGGAAUGCAUGACAUUGGAGCACAGCACACUGGACUGCAUGACAUUCUAGCACAGCACACUGGACUGCAUGACAUUCGAGCACAGCACACUGGACUGCAUGACAUUCGAGCACAGCACACUGGACUGCAUGACAUUCGAGCACAACACACUGGACUGCAUGACAUUCGAGCACAGCACACUGGACUGCCACAGCACACUGGACUGCAUGACAUUGGAGCACAGCACACUGGACUGCAUGACAUUGGAGCACAGCACACUGGACUGCAUGACAUUGGAGCACAUCACACUGGACUGCAUGACAUUGGAGCACAGCACACUGGACUGCAUGACAUUCGAGCACAGCACACUGGACUGCAUGACAUUGGAGCACAGCACACUGGACUGCAUGACAUUCUAGCACAGCACACUGGACUGCGUGACAUUCUAGCACAGCACACUGGACUGCAUGACAUUGGAGCACAGCACACUGGACUGCAUGACAUUGGAGCACAGCACACUGGACUGCAUGACAUUGGAGCACAGCACACUGGACUGCAUGACAUUGGAGCACAGCACACUGGACUGCAUGACAUUCGAGCAUAG